AUGUAUAAAUCACCCGCAACAACCAACCAACGCGGCCGGUGUUUCCCAGGCAAGCCGCGACACAAGCCGAAGCCAGGAGAGCAGGAGACUAGCGCGAGCGAAAAGGAGAGCGCUCGGCCGGCGCUGACAUCCUCGACACCGAGUGUGGGCACUCGCAGCAGCGGCGGUGGUCAUGGUGAAUCUCUCACCGCACCAUUCUCCUCGACACCGUCAACGUCUGGCGAAACUGGACAGACGCACACGCGCCGAUCGUUGAGUAACAACAGCAUUCAGAGCGGUGGCGGAUUCGGCUACCUGCGCGCGACCACAGCAACCCCAGAGCUGGCGCCGUCUCCUGCAAGCACAAACACGGGACUGGGUAGCAGCGCAGACACGUUCUCUCGAGCACCCGCACCAACGUCGUCGCCGAAAGAGUUGCACAAAGACACCAAAGCAUGGCCACCGGAGCAGCAGCCGCUAACGAAAACCUCGCCUCCGUCCUUCCCGAACCCCAGCACACCGGCGGAAUCGUCGCUGGCGAGGCUGCGGGCUUUAGCGGGGCUGACGCCGCUGCGCGUGUCCUCGCAUGAUCCUCCGACGUUGUCGUCAAGCCUAUACCGCAACGAGGAGUCGCCUCUUCGUCAUUCGUGCGACGCCCGAUCCGAGCUUGGUAGCAGUGGCCCGUCAUCGGCGUCAUCGUCGCGCGUGUCGUCGCCGUACACUCCUGAUCUCGUACGGCGGCUGUCCUUCCUAAACUGCACGUCCGCGCAGACCACGCUGGCUCUGCUGCAGAGGGACCGACUGAAGCGCUCCCGCAGUGGUGCGCGAAAACCGUCGUCACCGCCCAUCGCUCCAUCGUACCAUAACGAAGAAGAAGAGAAGGCUGGGCAGCAGUCCAAAAGGCCGCCAGCGGUGCAGACUGUUAACGGCACGGCGAACUCCGCUGGUCGCAACCCCUUCCUCACCCCGUUGUUGGGACUGGCCGACCUACGCGCCUCAGCGUCGACACUAUAUCGCAACGAGGAGGACACUGACGGCGGUCAUCGUCUUGGCACGGAGAGCAGCUCGGCGCGGUCGACUAAGUUGCUGCUGAGUCGCCUACGCGUCUCCAGCCCGUGCCCAACCUCAGCUGCUGAGUGCGGUAGCAGUUCGCAUCCUUACAUCGCAUCCAAGGACGGCGUGGCUGGCGGUGGGUCUGUCGUCGGUGGGGCACCGGUGCCUCACAAGCUACCAACAGGAUCACCGUGGAAGUCAGCCGCGACGCUCGUUUCGCCCAGGCCGCUCGCGGAGGCAUCUCCCUCGCCAGGGACAGGUGUGCCUCAGGCAUUCCCCAUCUCGUCACGGCUCGCGCAGCUGCGCGAACGAGCAUCGACGUCGCCGACAUCGCUGCCUCCCACUGCGACAGUGGGGGCCUCUGUGGCGUCGUGGACGGGGUUGGCACAGGCGCCGCUGCAGCAGCCGCAUUCUCUCGUGAACCUUUCCCGUCUGCGUCGGCUUGCCAACCUCCAGCAACCGCAUCCACAACUGUUGGCGCAGCGGUCGGGUAUAACACUGAGUGAGGACCGCGAAAGCGGGCCAAGCACGCCGCCAGAAGUGGCCCUGAAAGCUGCGCUGGAGCGUACACGGCAGCACCGCGUGCUGGCGGAGGCCACCGCCGCACGCGAUGAUGCCACCCCAACGCCACCUGCAGCGAUCGACAGCGACGAGCCCUACUUGGAUCCAGUCGAAGCGCAGGAGCGGGCCGCGCGCCGCCACAAGUCAGAAAACAUAUUGCCGUCACACGAGAGCGGUGCGAAGCAGGACUGCAACCACGCAGCCGCCAAAGUGAGCGUGCGCCGCGCGUCACCGCGAAAAGGUGCGGUGUCCACGACAGCGAAGAAGGAGAGUGCGGCGGCGGCUGUGGUGCUCAAGGGUCACCUGGGAAAGGGCACCCGCGGCAACACCUGCCACGCGAGCAUCGUGAUGCCCUCCACGGCAGCGAAGGACAAGAUCGGCACGACCGCGGUCGAAGGUGCCGUGAAGUGUGCAAGCAGCCCAGUGCGGGCGAAGCAGCUGAUGAACAAGUUGCGCAGCCUGGCCGCCCCGGUGCCAGUCGGCGAGACAGCAGGCGAGAAGAACCCGAAGGCUGUACCGAACCCGUUUCUCGGGAGCGCCGUAGCACCGCCAGUGCACUCCCUGCGCGAGUGCCUAUCGCAGCAGCCAUCACCUUUGGCGCCUAACAAGGCAGACAAGGCGCCCUUGAAGAGAAGCGUGUCGUCGUUACCACCGUCCUGGUCGACCUCCUCGCCGUUCGCUGCGCUGGCCUCGCCGUCGCUUCACGCGGCGCUGACGCAAGCCUCGGCGGCACUGCUCAAAGAGCGCGGUACCGCUGGCAGUACCAAGGGCGCGGAUGGUGUCAGCGAUGACGAGGAGCAUCCGAGUGCGCCCUCCUCCCCCUCCUUCGCCUCUGUAUCCCCGCACUAUUCCUACCCGUCCAUGAUGACUCGCAGCGCCACUGCGGCGGCAGCUGCCGCGGUAGCCGCAGCGGUCAAGACGACACCGGCAACGACCGCGAUAACCACCACCAGCAUUGCUGGCGCGACUCGUGUAUCCUCAAAGACGAACACGCGUACCGCCACCGCCCGCAGCUGCAAGAGCAGCACUGACAUGCGGUGUUUUGUCUUCGACACCUCCUCUCUCCUCGACUCCGAGCCGGGCGUGAUGAACUUGAUCUUGGAGACGUCGUUCAUUGGCAUCCCCUUCACUGUGCUCGACGAGCUGGAUCGCAUGCACAAGGACCGUGGCGGCAGUGCCAAGGGCGACCACGUCGCCACCACAUCCACUGCCGGUGUGAACAGCACCCACGAUCGCGAGUGGCGCCGACAACGGGCUCAUGAGCUGCGCAACUGGAUUGCGGCGUGCUUGAACAAGGAGGCACAGAGCCGCCUAUGGCUGCAGAAACGGACGGAGAUUGUCCGGGAAUACGACAGGCAUGCCACGACCAAUGAUGACCGCAUUCUCGGCUACGCCGUCUACCUCAGUCAGCACGAGGCCGCGAAGGUGCUCUUCGUUACCGAGGACAAGUUCCUGCGCAUCAAGGCGAGCUCGGAGCUGGGAAAGGCGUACGCGUACAGCGAGGUGCGCAAGCUGGUUGGCAUGCCGCCACUCCCGACAGCGUCGUCGAUGGCAUCGCAAGGGAGGAGUGGCAAGAAGGAGAAGACAGCAGCACUAGAGAGGCAGGAAGGGCGGUUGGAAAUCUCGUACGGGGACAGGUGA